UGGAUUUCUUCCGUGGCCAUGAAAUCUAGAAGCCGGUACAGGUACACAUGGCGGGAUUAACACAGCAUCAUCAACCGCAAUAUUGCAGCUUAUUGUAACGCGCGCGUGCCACUCUUCCAAGUGUAAUCGAUUUGUAAUCAGUGAUGGUCUUCUCAAAUGAGCAAAAAUAUAUUUCACAAGACGAGCAAUGGACAUGUGAAGCGCUGGGGUGUUAUCCGCGAGGCACUUUCAUAUCUAGAGCACAAAGGUGAUAAUCUGUUACCGGGGGCAUGAAGGCUUCCUCGAGACCCGCGCGUCAUAUAUCGCUCAUGGUGACCCGGAUGUAAAUAGUAGAAAAUUACACAGGUCCGGUAAUAUUACAGUGUGUAUAUAGUCGACGUAUAAAGUUUGAGGAGGUCAACUCCGCACGUUCGUCCGGUCUCACUGAGCCCUGUGUGUCAAUAAUAUCGAGGGAUUAUAUUACAUCUGUGUUGUCUGUGGAUAUUACGUAUUACAGCGAAGAUGCAGAACCAUUCGUGUAACAGUGACAGUGAGAUACAAAUCAACGCCACAGAAUCAAACGAACUUCUCAAUGGAAAUGACAUCAAGACGCAGUAUCAGACUCACAGCCGUGACUCGUAUUUGUAUGAGAUGACAAAGUUUGACCGGACGGAUUCGGAAGACGAUAUUUUAGAGGAUUAUACAGAUGACUGCAAUUGUUCACCACGUCUUCAUUGUAUCAAAAGCAGAACAGCACUCGAAAAAUGUCUUUUCAUCUUUUCUCUCAUCGCACUCAUCGUAAUCAUCAUUCUGGCCGCCUGCCUUGGAUCCAAAACACCACCUGAAGGGAAGGCGAUUUGUGAGACACAGGAUUGUAUUGAAGUAUCAAGUUCCGUCCUGACAUCCAUGGACAGAAGUGCCGAUCCUUGCCAGGAUUUCUACCAGUACUCGUGUGGAGGCUGGGAGAAAAACAACCCGGCACCACCAGGUUACCUCAUUUGGGACAGAUUCCAGCAGCUAUCCUAUACAAACCUCUACAAAAUCAAAGCAAUACUUGAUGAUAGAACUAUGGUAACAUCGUCGGAGAAGAAAACCAAACAGUUUUACGACAGCUGUAUGGCAGAAAGUAAACUAAACCGACUUCGCACACUCAGUGAUUUCCGGUCCCUUAUAAACAAUAUUACUGACGCAGCAAAUGGAACCUUAGCGGUCCUUCUGGAAUCCGUCCACAGUCUCAACGCAUGGCCCUUAUUUUCUGUCCGGGUCGGUAGUGACGAUCUCAAUCCAGACAAAAACGUUGUCAAGAUUGACAAUGGCGACCACAAGUAUCCUCUGCGAGUAAAGGAGGCUCAAGUUCCGUCCACGUCACCCGCUCCUACUGUGAACAGUACUGUCUCCCCGGGCAGUAAGAAGGCUGGAUACUCUAUAGUUAACCAUCCUCAAAACAAAGUUCAGUACCUCAAGUGGAAUUCAACCGAGGUAGAGAAGAACUACAUCACGGAGACUACCAGGAUUUUAAAAGUCAUCUGGAACAUGUCGGAUUCAGACGCAUCCAAUAUGGCAAAAGAAUUAUUGGAAAUCGAAAAAGCUUUUACUAAGACUUACGAAGAGAGCUCAGAUGGUGACACCGAUCCAAAACCAGUAUCAAUGAAAAUUGUUGACCUAGAAAUCGCCUGUAGUACGAUUGAGUGGCCCCUCUAUCUUACUGUGUUAGCACAUGAUUCCGCGACGAUCUCAAACACGGAGGCUGUGGUGCUACUUCAGAAAGACAACCUCCUCAAAACAUGUGCUCUAGUUGAUACUUAUAAAAAGGAUGCCAAAAAAUUUAAAUUACUAGAGCGAUACAUCAUGGUUCACCUCGUUAGCCACUUGAUGCCUUACUUUGAAGCCGACACUUUUGAGCCAGACCUGGACUACUCUGUUGAACUGGAGAUAGACGGUGAACACUGGAGACGAUGUGUCCACUACACCAAUAAAGCAUUAGGCUUUGUCACUGGGGGCCUCUAUGUGAAUGGCAUGCGGAAACAUGCCACCGUCAAGAAGAUCAAGCAGAUUGUACAAGACGUGAAAUUGGCAUUCAAAGAUUAUCUUCUCCGUAAAAUCUGGCUGGAUCCUUCAACAAAGAAAGAGGCAUCCCAGAAGCUGGACGAAAUUCUAGAGAAAAUCAGUUAUCCGGACUACAUUCUUAAAUCUGAUUUCCUGGACAAGUUUUAUGAUCAGCUGGAUAUCGGCGAAGAUUGGUUUGUGAAUGUACAAAAAUGGCAGGAAUUCCAAGUAAAACAAAUGAUGUCACAACUGAGUCAAAUACCGGAUCGCUCCAGCUGGAUCAAUCCACCAAUCACCGUGGAGUCAGACUAUUCACCUGUGAGAAAUGACGUCAUAUUUCCCAUCGCAUUAUUCCAUCUUCCGUUUUACACAGAAGCAGGCCCCCCAGCUUUCAAUUUUGGUGCCAUAGGAUCGGUAAUAGGACACGAGAUUACGCAUGCGUUUGACAUUAAAGGGCGGCGCUACGAUGGUAAGGGACGCCUGAGGGAGUGGUGGGAUCCAAUGACCGCUGAUAGGUUUAAACUGACGACGAAGUGCAUGAAGACUCAGUACGACGCAUACACAUAUCAAGGUUUCCAGAUAAAUGGUAAUAAUACAUUGGACGAGAACAUCGCGGAUAAUGGCGGACUGCGUGCCGCGUUCAUCGCAUACCAGUUGUGGGAGAGACAGCAAGGAAAGGAGCCUUCUGUGCCCGGUUUGAAUAUGACAAACCGACAGCUAUUCUUUGUCAGUUAUGCGCAGAUGUUUUGCUCGAAGUGGAAGAAGGAUGGGCUUAUUGGACAUCUUAUUGACGAUCCUCACAGUCCUGGCCCAAUCAGGGUGCGUGGCAGUGUAUCAAAUACAGAGGCGUUUGCCGAAGAGUUCAAUUGUCCAUUUGUGGCUAAUUACAAUCCUACAACGAAAUGCGAGGUGUGGUAAUCUUAAUAUGGCCACUUGGUGUCGCAAAACUUUCGUGGAAAUGCUGAGUGUCACGUGACCUCGGUGUUCAUCGUUUGGUGAAACGUGACCCCAAUAGGUGUCACGCAAACUACAUAUCACCACUUUGUGUGAAGUGGCCAAUAGGAUGGUUACUGGGUGUCACGUGACCUUGGACAUGUGUGAGGAUACGAUGUGUUCUGUGGUUACGUCCCAGUCACUUACCUUUCUGUGAUGUCUCUCCUAGCAGCCACUGUUGCACAAAAACUUCAAAAUGUUGUGUACGGCCUUAAAUAAGAAAGUUUUCGUCUUUUUUUUAAUUUCCAAAUAAACAACAGAACACCGAUGAUUGAUUUUUAAACAUCCAUAUUAAUUACUAACUAAUAUUUAUAUUUGGCAGAUAUAUUGUCUAUGAAACGUAAGAACCGUACUAACGGAGCAUAUUGGCCUUGUUGUUUCACGUCUCAUAUACAUAUCAUCAGGUGUCAAUGUGUAAAAUUUUAAUCCUGUACGUUCAAACAAAGAAAAUACAAAGCUAAAAUUGAAUUGAACGAAAUGCUUGAACAUUUGUAUUAUUUAGGAAAUUAAAAAGGUAAUUUUGAAAUUUUGAAAAAAAAAAUAUCUUUGGAAAUAAUACCCUGCCAUCAUUCUACAACUACUACACAUGUGAUGUACAUUCCAUUAUGUCGGUGCCUUAUGCUCUCGUACUAUUCUUGCGUACCGGAUGUUGCGUACCGGAUGUCCCUUACUUCUUACCUAGUCUGGUUGUAGAUUAUUGCUUUGAUAGCAUUACUUUUAUGUUUUAUUUUUUCAAUGUUUUCUUUUCAAUUUGAAAUAUAAUUGAAACAAAGAUUUUAUUUUAAACGUGCGCAUGUUAUAUAUUUUGUUUUUAAAACUAUUAUCAAUGAUCCAUUUAAUCCUAGUUAUGACCAAUGAAAUACUAGUAUAUAGACUUAAUGAGAGAGUUUAACAAUUACUUCAUACAUGAUAAAUUCUAAGCAUAUAAGGAUAAAAAAAAACGAACAAAGAAUUAGAGAAACAUUAUUCUAAUUAUAAUAAAAAAAUAUAUGCAUUUGUGAUGAACGUAUUAUCAACACAAUAAUAAUCUCUCUAUGUACCAGCACGUGAGGCAUUAACGAACUCCACAUUUAAUAUUGAAAUAUUUACAUAAAUGUAACUGUACAAUUCAUUGUUAUUGAAUGUUGAUGCAAUAUUUAAUCUGUGUUUCAUUCUAUAAAUAGUCGAUAAUCAUGACAGAAGUAUGAAGGGUAUUAGAAUUACAACAAUUUGUCCUUGGGGGAGGCCGUGUGUUUGUCGUAGGCGUCCAAUCAAUAGGUUCGUCAUGUUGCUUAAGCAAUAUGGCAUGAUCGGGACGCAUAUAUUUAUUAAAUUGGUGCCAAAGAUUAGAACGCAAUGUUAAAAUUUAUAAAAGGGAGACAACUUUUCUUAUUAAUGUUGCUUUGCUUUGUUGAUGUAAUAUAUUUCUACCUUUGUCUUUCCCUUGCAAUCCUGAUAGGUAACACAACGAAAUAAUCUCUGGAGUGUACGGCUAAAAAUAUCAAAUAUAGGUGUCAUUGUUAUGUUACUAUGGAAACAUAUGCAUAUUCGUAUGCUUUUAGCCAAUCGAUGACUUUUCUAUAAUCCACUACUAUGGAAACAUAUGCAUAUUCGUAUGCUUUUAGCCAAUCGAUGACUUUUCUAUAAUCUACUACACUGAUACUAUAAACAAUCAUAUUAUAAUCGUACAUGGUUUGCAAAAAAAUAAUGCACCCUCAGUGGAAAUCCAUUAUAGACAGAAUGUUUAACUUUGAGGAUUGUUGUGUUAAACUGAUCCAGUUCAGUGAAUGAUAAGUUAUAGUGAAGGUUUCCUCUAUUAUUUACAAAGACAAAUAUGUAAUGUCAAUUUCAAUGCAUUAUAGGAUCAAAGACAGUGUUUAUUAUAGUAAAGUCAUGUAAUAUAGUUCAAAAUGAUACUUCGCUGUGUAUGAAUUAUAUGAGUUUAAAGAAUCUCGUGUAAACUACUCGUCUAGAGUAAUCACUUGAUACCUGACGAUAUCCAUUGAUCAGGACUUUUUAUUGUAUAUAUUAUACAUAUUUUUACAUCUUUUGCACAAUUUCCUUAUAUGCACGUUUAUUUAGAGAUUAAAUUGAACGAAUGACAUAUUUUCCUAUAACUUGAUAUGUUUUAGUGAUUUUGAAUGGUUAGAGGUUGAAUGCGUUUUGUCAUGUGAUUAAGAUAAUUCCAUUUAAAAAUAUGUGAGGAAAGGUGAUGUUACGAUAAAAGGCAUUAAUAAAUUGAAUCAUUGGUAUUCAAGUGCUACCGUUUUCUGCAUUACUGUAUUAUGUAAACCUCAAAGGAGUUCCGCAGUUACAAUAUCCUCUAAGGAGUACGUAAAAGAGUUCCUACAUCACCAGUUCAUAUUUGAUAUCUUUUAAUUUUCUCAGUUUUUGUAAGAACUGAAAUUGUUGAUGGCAAGUAUAGAAAAAGGUUUAAACAGAUGUUUGUGUCUUAAAUAGUAAUGUGGGGUUUUCUAUGGAAAGAGAAAGAACUCAUAUCCCAAGCACAAAUACAAUUUGGCAUAGACCCUUCUCCAUGUUGCGCAAAAGCGGUAAGAACUUUGAAUUAUCAUCAAUAUUUUGGCGUGUAAUCACGUUCGUCAUGACUUUCUUAGAAGCUUAUUACCAUGUUUGUGAAAAAUACGUUUAAGCCUUGUCAAUUUUGGUGCAAGAAAUCCGGUUUCCUCCCAAAGAUAUGUUUGUAUUUCCACGAUAAAUACUUAAACCGGUUUAUAUUGUUGUCUGUUCCGAUUAACAAGAAUAAGAAUUACUCUUGUUAAUAUUGUUUAUCAUAUUGCUUUCAUCAGUAUUCGUUUGUCUCUUAAAUACAUCGCCUACAUACAUGUACAAUUAUUUUGCAAAUGAGUAUUGUUUAAUCAUAGUAUUAAUUUGUAAAUAUGUCUUUUGAACAAUGUUGAAUUAUAUUUACGAUGCUGCACGCAGAUGUUUUGCAAGACUUUAAGCAAUGAAAAUAUAAAGAUUUUGAUUGACUCAUUAGAAUUCCACUUUUAUUGGUCACGUGUGUCGUUAAUCUAUGAUAAAUUACGUGAAGUUUGAUCUACGAUAAUCGAUGAUGUGUAUCGUUGACUUAAAAUGAGUACGUAUUUCAUAUUUAUUUAUUGAAAACGUUACUAUCUAAUUGGUAAGAUUAAUUAUUAAUCUACAAUUAAUUUCAUGUAUAUCAAGGUUUAAUCUACAUUCUAUCGUUGUAUCGUUAAUGAUGACUUGAUAACAUGAAUCGUUAAUGAUGACUUGAUUACACGUGUCGUUAAUGAUGACUUCAAUACACGUGUCGUUAAUGAUGACUUCAAUACACGUGUCGUUAAUGAUGACUUCAAUACACGUAUCGUUAAUGAUGACUUCAAUACACGUGUCGUUAAUGAUGACUUGAUUACACGUGUCGUUAAUGAUGACUUGAAUACACGUAUCGUUAAUGAUGACUUGAAUACACAUAUCGUUAAUGAUGACUUGAUUACACGUGUCGUUAAUGAUGACUUUAAUACACAUAUCGUUAAUGAUGACUUAAUAACACGUAUCGUUAAUAAUGACUUGAUUAUACGUAUCGUUAACGAUGAUUUAAAUACACGUAUCGUUAAUGAUGACUUCAAUACACGUGUCGUUAAUGACUUGAUUACACGUAUCGUUAAUGAUGACUUGAAUACACGUGUCGUUAAUAAUGACUUAAUAACACGUAUCGUUAAUGAUGACUUGAUAACACGAAUCGUUAAUGAUGACUUAAUAACACGUUUUCUUAAUCUAAAAAAGAUCAAGUGUAUUCUUAAUCAUUAAUUAACCAUGUGUAUCCUUCAGCAUUAAUUGAUCGCGUGUAUUUUGAAAGUUAAUUGAUCAAGUGUAUCGAUUAUUGUUAAUGGAUCGCGCGUGUAUACUUAUUAUUCAUUGAUUACGCGUAUCAGUUAUCUUAAAUUGUUCGUCUGUACAUCAAUAUUUAAUUGAUUACGUACGUCGGUUAUCUAUGAUCAUGUAUAUCGGUACUCGUUAUAUACGUGUAUUUCUAAUAUUUAAUUGAUGAAGUGUAUCACUUAUCUUAAACUGAUCACGUGUAUCGACAGUGUUUAAUUGAUUACAUGUAUCGUUAAUCUAUUGAUGACCACGUAUUUUAAUGAUAAUUUCUUUACAUAAUUGAUAUUCAAUAUUUUGAAUAUAUUAUAAAGUAUAAGAAAAUUGUAAUUUCUAACUUAUCUAUGCCAUGUUUAUCUUAAUGUACAAUGGACCACAUGCUAUCUUUAAUCUAAAAUUGACCAAGUGUAUCUGUGAAUCUGUCAUCGAUAAAUUGUAUGUGACCGCGUGUAUCUUCAAUCUAUAAUGGACCAAGUCAACCGAUCAGUAGUAUUCCACAUUUGACCACAUGUUGACCGGUAACUCGUCACUAAUGUCGUAUUAAUUGAAGCAUGAUUAUUUCAGUGAUAAUACCGUUCCUCUUUUCUACGUCAUUGUAAAACAAAUCGUAGCGUCCUAUACUGGGUAUGGUUCAGUUAAAUCAGUCGACGUGUGUGUAAGAAACAGUGAAAUUGUUCAUACCUUGGAAUAAGUAAUAAGUAAUAUUUUGUUUCAACCGGAGUUUUGUUUGAAUUAUCUUCUAUAACUAACUUAACGUUCGGAACAUCAAACAAUAAAUUGAAUAAAAAAAAAUGCACAUAGCUUAUGUAAAAUGCGCUCGUUGUAUGAUCAUUAGGAAGAUUGUGUGUCAGUUUGUUUGUCUUAUCUCUUGCAUGUUGUCAUCCCCAUGUCGUUUUGACUGUUAAGGUUUUUGCGGAGGAAUGAUGCUACAUGAGUUUGUGGUGCUAUCUAUCUAUUGACCAAUACAACUGUCUGAUAUCGCUCAUUUCUCCGUAAAGAGGUCUAUUAAUAUUCACCAUUAAUUAUUUAAUGACGUAAAUUCCACUAUUAAUGGAACCAGUUAAAGAGUUUUCAUAUCGACGCAGAUGGUGUUAUAAAACGACUUUCAUAUACGCCCCUUGUAUUAUGUGAUCAAGUUGUAAGACAUGAUUGGAGUAUAUUUGGUGACAAUAUUGAUUUUUAAUGAAGAUACUUCUAGACUAGAGACGCAUUGACGACAAUGGUUAUAAAAACCAAAGCUAUAUUUACGUUGCAGCAUUCGAGUUACAGAUAUUUUAUAUACCGUGAGUAGAAAUAUAAUUGUUUAAGUUAAAAUUAUCAAAAUAACUGAAUAAAUUAAAUAGAAAUAACAUAGGCAAGUGUUUACGUUGAAUGUGAGUAUAAAUUUUAGAAAACUAUGUUCGCUGUAAGCACAGGGACUUGUAGCAAAGUCCCAACCUUCAGGUCUACAUAUCUGUAUUAUGAAAUAUAUAAAUCGAUCUAAGGUUGAACAAUUGUGCCAAGUCCCUGUGGCAGUAAGGACGAUUUAUUGUCUCUAUGAAUUCUUUAAUGUGAUAUUUUUUCUCCAAGAUAACAACUACUGUUGUAGGCAGGGCGUUGAAAUGGUUGUGAAUUGUAUGAAAUGUUCCUGAGAGACUCAUGUAUGUAAGUCUUGCGUUAAUGAUGUUUUUUCACUAAUGAAUGGAAGUUUUGUGUGAAACCAUACACAUGUGUAUUCAUUGUAUCUACGCUACGAUCAACUGAAUAAAAUUUCUAAUUUUU